AUGCAAAAUAAUGACAUUAUAUUAAAAUGCUCAAUUCCUAAUCAUGAUGCUCUUGUAUAAUUUGUUUGUUUUGAACCAUAUUGCCAAGACACUAGAUUGUUUUGUAAUUAAUGUAAAACAAAUGAAAUUCAUCAAAAUCAUACCCAAAGAUGUGUUGAAUUACCUAAAUUGUUUGAUUAUGUUGUAAAAGUUGGUUAAGAAUGUGAUGAUCUACUUGAUAUAUUGGUUAAAUAAUGGAAUUCAAUCAAUCAUUAAUUUUUAAAAUUCAUUCAAGGAAUCAAAGAAAAAUACUUAAUAUCACAUUCAUAAUUGAUCUUACUAAAUAUUUCAUAAUUGAAUUAGACCUUAGAACAAUUGAUAAAUUUUCAAUCAUAUAAAUCUUUAAUCAAAAAUUCAAUUCAAAACAAUUUAUUUGAUUUUAAUGAAAAAAUUGAAAAAUUAGAACAAGAUCUCAGACUACAUGAAAAACCAAUUUCUUUUCAUAUAUCUGAAUAAGACAUUAAGAAAUCAUUAGAAUUAUUUUAAAAAGGUAUUAAAUCUAAUAAUUUAGGAUAUGAAUUAUAUUACGAUAAUGAAAAGUAUGAUGAAGCUAUUCUAAUCUUAGACCAAGCAAUAAAUAUAAAUCCAAAUAACUAAUUAGCAAUAUGGUGUAAAGGUAUUACAAAUAUUAAUUUAUUAGCUGCAAGUCUAAGAAUGUUGGGAUAAUAUAAAAAGGCUAUUAUUUGGGCUGAUAAAUCAUUGCUUUUAGAUCCUAAACAUAGUUUUUCACUUUAUUGUAAAGGUAAAAGUAUAUUUUCUAUUUUUUAGCUGCAUGUUUAAGAAUGUUGGAUAAAUAUGAUGAAGCAAUUCUUUGGGCUAAUAAAGCAUUAGCAAUUGAUCCUAAAGAUUGUUUUGCUUUAUCAUGUAAAGGUAUUUUUGAUUCUAUACUAAAGGAUCCUCUCUAAGAUUGAUGAAAAGGUUCAACGAAGCAAUUAAAGUAAUUAAUGCAUCAUUAACUAUAAAUCCCAAUCACUUUGAUUCUUUAAAAGAAAAAGGUUAUCAUAAAGAUCAUUUAUAUUAAUAGGUGCAUGUUUACAUGAUGAACAUCAAUAUCAAUAAGCAAUUUUAUUUUAUGAAUAGGCUUUGAGGGUUUUUCCUUAUGAUUAAUGGACCAAAAUUAGACGAGGUAUAGAUUCAUAUUAAUUCAAGAU